CAUUGCUCUUCAGCACCAGGGUUCUGGACAGCGCCCCGAGCGGGCUGCUGUUCUCAAGCUCCUUUCUCAAUCUCCACCAGCGCAGCUGCUACCCCUCUAGUCCCCCCUGCUGCAGAGAAAGAAAAUUACAUCGGGAUCCAUGCAGCCGGCAAUGAUGAUGUUUUCCAGUAAAUACUGGGCAAGGAGAGGGUUUUCCCUGGAUUCAGCGGUGCCCGAAGAGCAUCAGCUACUUGGCAGCUUAACACCAAAUAAAGCAAACUCUGGCAAACAUGAUGAUAAGAAAGGCAACAAGGGAAGCAGCAAAAGUGAAACUGCUACUGAAAGUGGCAAGACGGCGGUUGUAUUCUCUUUGAAAAAUGAAGUUGGUGGAUUGGUCAAAGCGCUGAAACUCUUUCAGGAAAAACGUGUCAACAUGGUUCAUAUUGAGUCCAGGAAAUCCCGGCGGAGAAGUUCCGAGGUGGAGAUCUUUGUGGACUUCGAGUGUGGCAAAACAGAAUUCAAUGAGCUCAUUCAGUCGCUGAAAUUUCAGACUACAAUCCUGACGCUGAAUCCGCCCGAGAACAUUUGGACAGAGGAAGAAGAGCUAGAGGAUGUGCCCUGGUUCCCCCGGAAGAUCUCUGAAUUAGACAAAUGCUCACACAGAGUGCUCAUGUAUGGUUCUGAGCUCGAUGCUGAUCACCCAGGAUUUAAGGACAAUGUCUAUCGACAGAGAAGAAAGUAUUUUGUGGAUGUGGCCAUGAGUUAUAAAUACGGCCAGCCCAUCCCCAGGGUGGAGUACACGGAGGAAGAAACGAAAACUUGGGGCGUGGUAUUCCGGGAGCUCUCCAAACUCUAUCCCACCCACGCCUGCCGGGAGUAUUUGAAAAACUUCCCUCUGCUGACUAAAUACUGUGGCUACAGGGAGGACAACGUGCCUCAGCUUGAGGAUGUCUCCGUGUUUCUGAAAGAAAGAUCUGGCUUCACCGUGAGGCCGGUGGCUGGAUACCUGAGUCCGAGAGACUUCCUGGCGGGACUGGCCUACAGGGUGUUCCACUGCACCCAGUACAUCCGGCACGGCUCGGACCCCCUCUACACCCCGGAACCAGACACAUGUCAUGAACUUCUGGGACAUGUUCCACUACUAGCGGACCCCAAGUUUGCUCAAUUUUCACAAGAAAUAGGCCUGGCGUCUCUGGGAGCAUCAGAUGAAGAUGUUCAGAAACUAGCCACGUGCUAUUUCUUUACAAUUGAGUUUGGCCUUUGCAAGCAAGAAGGGCAACUGCGGGCAUAUGGAGCAGGACUGCUUUCUUCCAUUGGAGAAUUAAAGCACGCUCUUUCUGACAAGGCUUGUGUGAAAGCCUUUGACCCGAAGACAACGUGCCUACAGGAGUGCCUUAUCACCACCUUCCAGGAGGCCUACUUUGUUUCUGAGAGUUUUGAAGAAGCCAAAGAAAAGAUGAGGGAUUUUGCAAAGUCAAUUACCCGUCCCUUCUCAGUAUACUUCAAUCCCUACACACAGAGUGUUGAGAUUCUGAAAGACACCAGAAGUAUUGAGAACGUGGUGCAGGAUCUCCGCAGCGAUUUGAACACCGUGUGUGAUGCCUUGAAUAAAAUGAACCAGUACCUGGGGAUUUGAUGCCCAGGACCAGUGUUGUUGCCAGCAUGAUCUUUUGGGUUUCAGCAGUCAAUGUCAUAUAACACCAAUAGCUUUCUGUGCCAUGGCUUGGCUAGUAGGCAUGCAAUUAUGUAUAUCUCUACCUGCUUGUAACUUACUGUGCUAAUGUGUGGAACACCAUUAAGAACCCAGUGACAGGUAACCACUCAUUGUAUGAAAGAUUGUAAUAUGUUUAAAUAUCUUUAAUCAAUUCGACAUCCCUGCUUGGUGUCUUUAACCAAACUGCAUCUAUAUAAACUUUGUAGCAAAUAGCCCUUUAUGAUUCUAGGUUUUGACCUUUUCUUUCUCAGAUCUGAGCCUUUCCUCUGUGUUCAUUAGAUAAAAUGAAAAUAGCAGCGAACCUGUUUCUACUUUCCAUAGAGUCAGUACUUCCACAGCAUUACUUGAGAUGAACGCAGAAUUGUAUUAAACUUCCCGUCACAUUAA